CAGUUCACUAAAAACGAAACUAAUCUUUACUUCCUGCUUAGUCAGGGUGUGAGAGUUUACUAGAUUUUGUCAAUUUCUUUCUGCUCAAUCAUUUCUACUUUUUAGGUGUGUUUAGGUGUGAAAUGGCAAAAGCUGUGGUUCAGGAUCAGUUCAGCUGUUCAAUCUGUCUGGAUCUACUGAAGGAUCCAGUGACCAUUCCCUGUGGACACAGUUACUGUAAGAGCUGUAUUACAGACUACUGGGAUCAAAAGAGAGACUACAACUGCCCUCAAUGCAGACAGACCUUCACUACAAGACCUGUUUUAGGUAAAAACACCAUGCAGGCGGAAGUGGUGGAGAAACUGAAGAAGACUAAACGACAAGCUGCUCAUCCUGAUCACUGUUAUGCUGAACCUGGAGAUGUGAAGUGUGACGUCUGUACUCAGAGAAAACACAAAGCUGUCAAGUCCUGUCUGGUGUGUCUGAACUCUUACUGUCAAAAUCAUCUUGAACAACAUGAGAAAUUCUUCAGAGGCAAGAAGCACGACCUGAUAGAUGCCACUGAACGACUUCAGGAGAUGAUCUGCCCUCAACAUGAUAAAGCCCUUGAGAUUUACUGUCGUACAGAUGAGCUCUGUAUAUGUUAUCUGUGUAUGGUGGAUGAACACAAUGACCAUAAGACUGUAUCAGCUGCAGCAGAGAGGACUGAGAAACAGAAACAACUAAAGGAGACACAGAGAAAAUACCAGCAGAGAAUCCAGGAAAGUCAGAAGAAGCUUCAGGAGCUGAGAGAUGCUGUGGAGACUCAUAAGCGCUCUGCACAGACAGCAGUGGACGACACUGAGAGGAUCUUCACUGAAUUAAUCGAAUCUAUUGAGAGAAGACAAUCUGAGUUGACACAGUGGAUCAGAGAUCAAGAAAAGACUGCAGUGAGUGAAGCUGAAAGACUCUUGAAGCGACUGAAGCAGGAGAUUGAUAAUCUGAGGAGGAGAGAUGAUGAGCUGGAACAGAUUUUACAAACAGAUGAUCACAUCCAUUUUCUCCAGAGUUUCCAGUCUCUCUCUGUUCCUCCUGGAUCUACAAACUCACUCAGCAUCACUGUCAGUCCUCUUUCCUCAUAUGAUGUACAAAAAAUGAAAGAGAAACUGAAGCAUGUGUGCAGUGAGAUAGAAAAGAUAUUUGAUAGAGUUACUCCUGAACCCAACACCAGGGAACAGUUCCUACAAUAUUAUCUCGGGUUUACUCUGGAUCCAAACACAGCACAUAAAUAUCUUCAUCUAUCCAAUGGGAACAGAGUGAUAACUGACACUAACAGAGUCCAGCCGUAUCCUGAUCAUCCAGACAGAUUUGAUUUUUAUCAUCAGGUGUUGUGUAGUGAGAGUGUGAAUGGACGCUGUUACUGGGAGGUUGAGUGGAGUGAUGAGGUGGAUAUAUCAGUGUCAUAUAAGAGCAUCAACAGGAAGGGAGACAGUGAUGAUUGUAGAUUUGGAUGUAAUGAUCAGUCCUGGUGUUUGUGGUGCUCUGAGUCCAGUUGUUCAUUUUGGCACAAUAACAUUGAUACUGAACUUCCUAUAGUUUCCAGAUCUUCUAGAAUAGGAGUGUAUGUGGAUCACAGUGCAGGAUCUCUGUCCUUCUACAGCGUCUCUGACACAAUGACCCUCAUCCACAAAGUCAACACCACAUUCACUAAACCUCUCUAUCCUGGGUUUGAAAUUAAUAAAGGAUCAACGGUAAAACUGUAUGAUAUAGCAUAAUGUAUUAUACAGAGAUUCUACAAAUUAUUAUAUCAGAGUGGUGUUAUAAUAAUACUCUCUCAUGAAUUGACUGCAUCACUUUACCAUCUUUACAUCAAUAGCUGUGUAGUGUACAAUUUUGGAGUUAAGAGAAAAUUGAAUUCUUCCUUUUAGAUAAAUGUAUUAUUGAUUGUGGUGUAUGAGUAAAAUGCAUGUAAAUCAUUGAAACACAGAUCACUAAUAUUUAUAUUUAAUAAUAAUGUUCAUAAUGUCACUUCAUUGUGUUGUUUUUUGUUUAAUCAAGUGUGAUAAAUUUAACAUUUACCGCUUUGAUUUCUUCAACUCAAAUUCUCUCAACUUAAAUCUUCCCCCAAGCCUUCAGGCUCACAUCAUUGGGUAUCUGCUGAAUAUAUAUGAUCCUAUGUAUAUGUUGUUCUGAGAUUGCAAUUUUAUAUUCAUGUGUGGUAUCAUUUUAAUGGUCAUGGUGCGAUUGAUAAAAAUGUCUAAUUUCUGUUAUUCUAAGAUAAAGUGUACCAAAGUUAAGAACUUAGAACAUAAUCUGCACUCCUGCUAGAGGUGUGUCAUCCUAAGGAGAUUUAGUUUACAGAUGCUUAACAAUCCCAUUUGGUGCAUCUGGUCGCGAGAACUGACCAACCAAAUCCUGAUUUGGGACUUUUAUGAUCCUUUGUCCCAUCUGUGUAUAUAGCCUGGUCCAAUCAGACUCUCGUACAU